AUGACCCUGGCAUGUUCACACACCAUGCUCACAACCCUAGGAGUUCCGUUAACUGAGCAAGGCGCUGGCAGUAUCUCCUCCUCUCAUAGGUUCCUUGCUUUCUCUUCCGCCGCCUGGCGCCCCACCUCCUCCACCCAGGCGGCCAAUCCCUGUCGGCUCCCGGCCAGUUCGCAGGGCGCUGGCGGAACCUGGAGGCUGCUGGAAAAGGUUGUGCUUUGUUCCCAGCUGCAGCCAUUGAAAGAAGAAAGCAAGAUGAAUGCAGAGCCUGAAAGGAAGUUUGGUGUGGUGGUGGUGGGCAUUGGCAGAGCCGGCUCUUUGCGGAUGAGGGACCUGCGGAAUCAACAUGCUUCCUCAGCACUCCUGAACCUGAUUGGCUUUGUGUCCAGACGCAAGCUCAAGUGCCUUAAUGAAGUCCAGCAGAUUUCUUUGGAAGAUGCUCUUUCUAGCCAAGAGGUUGAGGUUGCUUAUAUCUGCAGUGAAAGCACCAGCCAUGAGGACUAUAUCAGUGGCUGCACCAGUCUGCAUUCCUACCAGCAGUGUACUAGAGUUCCCAUUUCUUCACAUCUUCGCCAGCACCAGCACUUCUUGUUUGAUUAUUUGUUGAUGGCAGCCAUUCUGGCAGUCCAACUUGAUGGUUUGCUUCUUGGCUUCACCUUCUCUACUAUUGAUUCCCUGCAGUUCCUUAAUGCUGGCAAGCAUGUCCUUGUGGAAUACCCUAUGACACUGUCUUGGGCAGCAGCUCAGGACCUGUGGGAGCUGGCUGAGCAGAAAGGGAAAGUCUUGCAUGAGGAACAUGUUGAGCUCUUGAUGGAAGAGUUUGUAUUUCUGAAAAAAGAAGUGGUCGGGAAAGAACUGCUGAAAGGGUCUCUUCUCUUCACAGCUGGCCCAUUGGAAGAAGAGCGGUUUGGCUUCCCUGCAUUCAGUGGCAUUUCUCGCCUGACCUGGCUGGUCUCUCUCUUUGGGGAACUUUCUCUUGUGUCUGCCACUUUGGAAGAGCGAAAGGAAGAUCAGUACAUGAAAAUGACUGUGUGCUUGGAGACAGAGAACAAACGUCCACUGACAUGGAUUGAAGAGAAAGGGCCUGGUCUAAAACGAAACCGACAUUUAAGCUUUCAUUUCAAAUCUGGGUCCCUGGAGAAUAUGCCGAAUGUAGGAGUCAAUAAGAAUAUUUUUCUGAAAGACCAAAAUAUGUUUGUCCAGAAACUCUUAGGCAAGUUUCCUGAAACGGAACUGGCUGCUGAAAAGAAACGCAUCCUACAUUGCUUGUGGCUUGCAGAAGAAAUCCAGAAAUACUGUUGCUAAAAGAAGAAAGCAACAGGGCACUUCCAAGAUGAAAUCAUAGUUUAAUUUUUAUCAAGAGUUGACUUUCUCUAUUCUUUCCAUUAAACAUGUCUUGGCUAAACAGUUUGGUUAUUAUCAUGAGCUGUAUUGGGAGUGGUAUUUGAGAGUAGGGGCUUAUGUAGUGGGGAAGAGGAAAAACUCAGUUUGGUUAAGCUGAUCCAAAUGCUUUUUGUGCCUGAUUUUACUUAAUUUUUCCAACAGCCAUAUCAGAAGGAUAUUAUCCGGCUUGUUUUUAUUAGUAUGUUGGAAAUUCUUGUUUGAAAUUAUCCACUAGCAGAACUAGUUUUUAAACUCAGGCACUCCACCACUACAAAAUAGUGCCAAUGAACCUUCUUUCCUGCUUUAAGGAAUUUUAUUUUCCCUCACAAAUUUUCAUUAGUUGACUAUGCUAAGUAGUAGUGUUUCUAAAAAUCAGUGAAACAAAGCUACUGCCCUCAACUCACAGUGUCAUAAAGGAACUAAUCACACAAACGUCAUUGUAAUGUAGUAGGUGCAAUUAAAAAAAAAAAAAAAAAUACAGCCCUGGCCCUGGAAAAG